GAAGUCGAAUCAUAAGACAUGAUUGGCGUCUAGUAUGUACUAAAGUUCUUUUUGGCGUUCAUGCAAAAACAACGACUAGCAGUACAUUCAUAUUUGAAACAUAUUUUUCUCACUUUCCUAAAGCAGUUAGGCUGUAUUGGUUGCAAAAAGUAAAGAAUCGGUUUCCAGUCUAAUCUUUGAUUAAUGUCUGCAUAUUUAGAUUGGUAUCGAAUUCAUCAGAAUCAGUUCUAAGGUACCGCUUCUGAUUCAGAUACCGACACGAUGAAAAAAAACUUUAAGAGAUACAGAUUUGACCUUUUACAUGUGUCAUUAUCGCGUCAUGUCAUGUUAUGUUUAAUCGUUCUUACUAAUUUCAGUUGUGUUGUUUGCCAUCUGUAUGUUGUGGUGUUUUAUAUCGACAAAUCAGACAUUGAAUUUCUGUGAUCUACUAAUUAAGCGAUUAUUUAACAAAUUCUUCUGGGAUACCUAACCGGUGUUAUUCGUACAUAAUACCACAAAACUGAUUGCAACUGCACGAUUGGACGGACUUCACUCUAAUGUAUGUGUAUUACAACACUACGCCUACAUCGUGUAUAUGAUAUAUAUGAUAAAUACUCCUAAAUUAGAACACAGAAUUUAGAUUCUAAAUAGUACGGGGAGCUCAGUUGAGACAUAUAUUAAAUGUAUAUACAAGGCGACCAAGAUCUCCAUUAUUAUUCCCUCCAGCAGCUAAACGGAAUUAGUAGGCAAGGUUCUUCAGUAGUGGCGAACCAUCAACAGCUCAGAAACUCUUCGGAUUCAUUCAGCCAUCAUAGAGUGCACGCGCAUUCGUUAUCCCAUGGAUCAACGAGUCAUCAUAAUCGCCCACGGAAGAAUCGAUUCAAGAAUUUCCUAUUUGGUUCCGGAAGCGCGGGAUCGGGCUACGGGUCCUACUCGGAUUUGAACUCGAACCGAAUGACGAGUGACAGAUAUCCAGGGUCGCCAGGUGGACGCCCAAAGCGACCUCUAAAGUGCCCAAUUCUACAAGCCCCCGACUAUACCCUGGAUUCGCAUGUUUUUAUAGAUAGUUAUAUAGAGGUCGAGUCACAAUAUCUGGGUAUUUUGAAAGAUAUCCAAAGAAAUUUUCCUUUAAAUUCCCGACAAACAGUUCUGACGACGAUUGACAAAGCGAAGCAACUUGGACAAUUACCAUAUACUUAUCAGCCUUGUGACGAUGUUAUAAUUAGUAUGUCAAUACAUAAUAUAAAAAUCAUGAGACGUGACAACGAAGUUUUGAUACUAAGAGUAUUUCUUCACGAAAUCGAAGCAGUGGCUAUGGUGUCGGAUUGCGCUGUAACUUACGUGCUUUUAAAAGUUAUUCCGACUGCCAACGCCGCAAAAAGGUCCUCAGAUUGCCGAAUUUUGGUGCUCAAAUUUGUAAGUUCAGCUCUAGCCGAGGAAACCUGUGCUCUUUUCAAGCAACUAUUUGCCACGCUUUUCAAUGAAUCAGCCAUACACGCUUUAACCCCGCCUCUUAAGGAUGCCGCGUCCUUUUCAAAUGGGUCAGCCCAAGGAACCCCGAUUGAUAAUUCUCCAGGGUUCAACAUAACAGCCCCUGGAUCCUCUCGAAACUCAUCAAUAGCCUUGGAAACUUCAAUUGGAAGCGGCCACGAAGUUCGUUUUUCCCGUCCGACAAGUAUGUUAAUAUCUGAAUUCCCCAAAAGCACUUCUAUGUUUUAUGACUCGCCGCCGCAGUAUGCGAAUUACUCGCCAGUUGCAAGAAAUGGCCAAAUUGCUAGUCCGCAUUCGAGAAAUAACGUCUUCUCCCAUCAAAGUUCGCCAUUCAUGCAAGUUCAGCAACAAAUACAGUUUAAUCAUCAAAGAGCGUUCAGCGAAUCUAACCAUCAUCAUAGAGGCUCGAAUCAGCAAUUGAACUCGCCCGGAAAAAUAUCAGCUUCGAGGCUCCAGGAGUCAAGUCCAUUUAUGGGCAGAAAUUAUUCGUCAGUUUCGACCAAUCAGAAGUUUCUUAAAGAGGUUCAAAAAGCUUUAACAAACGAAGAAGUAAAACAGUUUAAUGCAAUAGUACAUUCGUAUUUACACGAAGGUCGCUCGGUUAAUGAGUUUAUAGAAGGCCUCGGAUCUUUACUUGGACCGGAACGGCUGCAUUUGAUGAAUCAUUUGGGAAGGUUUCUAUCGACAUUACAGGACUCGAACCAAUUAGAUGUAUUGUUGCGAGAACACGCGGGACGAGUGAGAGAGCAGCGGAAUGUAUCGCCGGGAGGGGAAGGGGAUGUGGAAAUAGGAACUAGAAGUGAAAACGGGAGUUCUUUGUCAUCACAGAGUUUGAUUCUUGCCGACCAGAAUUCAAAUAACUAUCAUAACGGUAGGUCAAUCAGUAAUGAUGGACCUGAUACACCUCUGUCAUCAAGACGCGCUACUACUACUGCCGCUGACGACAACAACCCUACAACAACAAACAACAACAUUAUCAGCAAACAUUCAAAUUCAUCAAGUAGUGGAGGAGGAGGAGGAGGAGGAGGAGGGAAAACGAAGGGAGCAGAGGCAAGGAAGAGUGUGAUGUCGUAUUGUUCAUCGUCCUCGUCAUCUUGCUCUUUUUCUGCCACCGCUGAAGGUUACGGAAGUUCAACAGCUGAGCGAAACAGAGACAAAAACCGCAACUCAGCCAACGGCCCAAAGGGCAAAUACUUUCCAAACUCAGAAACAUCGGACGACAAGCGUCGCAUUAGUCUAAGUGGCAAAAAUGGCAGAGUGAAGGUAGAAAAGAGAAACAGGGAGUUCACAGGAAGUGAUGAGCGAAGCGGUAGUAGUAGUAAUAACAAUAGUAGACUGGAUAGUAGUACAAAUUUGGAAGAUAUUCCGCAAGAGUUGCUGGAACUGGACUCGAUGUUGGCCCAGAUGGGAAUGGUAUCACCGUCUGGAACUAUUGGAACUCAGCAUCGCCAAGGAAUCUCGGACGAUCCGAUUGCCGAAAAUGAGAACAAAACACUAGAAGCGCCAACAAAUACGAGUAGUUCAAACAAUUCAAACUCCUCAUAUGCAGCCAAUUCCAGUACUUACAAAAAGCUUUCAAGUGGAGAAUCAAAAAGAAGAAAGGAAAAUGCAAAUGCGGAAACAAGUAAUGCUGAGUCAUCAAGUAAUGGAAGGGUAAACAACGCGUCGUCGGAACGUUCGACCCCUCAGCAUCUGAAACAGAUGUUUGAUCCACCUGGAAAUGAUCUAUAAGGCAAAUUUGUGUCAAAAGAUUUAAACGUGAAUAAUAUAGGUUAUGGACAUCAAAAUUAAUGGAGCCUAAGCGCGAUUUUUAAUUGAGCACAGAAUUAAGAUCAGAAAGUAAAGUUGCUAAUUGAA